AUGGGUCCUACUACUGUCAGUUGUUCAGUGAAUGGGACUGGAAUAUCUACUGAACUGUCUCGUGUGAUAGUGAAUGGAUCAGGAUCUGUUACAAGAGUGACAGUAACAGUGAGACAAAGAGAAGCUGGUGACUAUCAGUGUACUGUAUACAAUGCCAGAGUAACUAAUGGACCUAUUAGUGGUAAUAGUGGUCCUACUGCAGUUACUAGCACUUCAUUAUUGAAUAUAUCAGUAUCUGAUACUCCAACUGGUUUAACUGCUACAAGAUUAAGUACUGGUUUAGCUCAAGUAAGACUCUCCUGGUCUACUGUAUCAGGAGCUACUGGUUAUGAGGUCUACUAUCAACUGUCUAGUGAUACUCCUGUUAGUGUAUCCAACACUAGUUAUACAACAAUCAAUAUAACAUCAGGAUUGAUUCGGAGGAUUACAUACACUUUCUAUGUAGUAUCUUAUGGAUCAGUUUUUCUACCUAGUGGUAAUGCUUCAGUUAUGGAAACACUUAGUGAUCCAGUGGUUAAUGAUUUAAUGAGUACUGUAAUUACCAGUACUUCCAUUACAUUAACAUGGAGUCCACCAACUGCUGUAGUACCAAUUAGCUAUAAUAUUAAAAGGAGAUGUAGGAGAGUAUGUGGAUCAUCAUUCACUAGUACUAGUGAAAUAUCAGUUUCAUCACCACAUGCUUCAACUGGUAUAUCUCCUUACAGUCAAUGUGACUUUGAUCUUAGUGGAGUAUAUGGAGCUGAGAUAGCUGAUUUGACUACUAAUUAUUCAGCUACUACGCUGUCUAAUGUCCCUACUGCACCAGUGGAUGAUAUUAUAUUCUCAUCAGUAGAGUCAGUGUCAAUGACUGUCUCAUGGGAUGAAGUACCUUGCAAUGGAAGGACUAGACAAAAAAUACAAUCAACUCCUGAUGAAUCAAAACCAAGCAUUGCUAUUGAUCUCACAUCGGCCACUAUUUUAGCAUCAUCAACAAGUAAAAUAAUUGUUUCAUAUUCUACUGAGACAACUACCAUGACUACUGCAUUGACUACUCCAUUGGCUACUCCAUUGGCUACUGUGUCAACUACUGUAUUAGUGGAUAGUGGAGGAACUAUUACUGGAUGGAUAGUUGGUGUGACAGUAUUAGCAUCACUAUUGGCUGUAUCUAUAAUCAUUAUACUGGUACUGGUUGUAUAUAAUAAAAGAGCUAAUAUCAAGCAAAAGAGUUUACAAUUCCAUAGAAAAUCAGAUAAGGAGAUUGAAAUGGAAUGCAGUCCAGCUUAUACUACAAAUACUGCUGAUGAUCUAUCAAUGAAGGAUAGUCCAACAUACAUGUAUGCUACAGUACAAGAAGCACAAUCAACUGAUGAGCCAAUAUAUGAUACAGCUGGGCCUGAGUCUAUAUACUCCACCUGCUGAAUAUGAAAUACCAACAGUUUCAUGAUUUGGUCCACAAUACAACAUUAAAGUGUGUCUUUGUCAUAGAUUUAAACUUUAAAGUAGCAAAAAUAGAACAGCAGUUUAUUACGUCAUCAUUAAGUAUAUCAAAUUUUACAAAAAAUAAAAUUCUGUGUGUGUCUGCUAUUAUUAAUAAUUAUUAUUAAUACAGUUAUUUUCAAUGUACAAGUAAGUCUUUGCUAGUAUCAGAUCCUUUUCUGGGGAGUUUUCCCUUGCAAAGCUGCCCUUGAUCCUAACUGCAGUGCUCUUUUAGUAAGUAACUUCUAUAUUAUUAUUUGUUAAUUCAUUUAUUUAUAAUACUAUGAAACUGAAUGUACAAGUUUUGUAAAGGAAGAAACAAGGAGGUGGUGGUGUGUUCUUAGUAAAGUUAGUAUAUGUGUGGGGAAUCAACUGUUACAUAAACUUCCAUGACAUGUGUUUCCUGAUGUUAUAGCCUUAUGUAGGAAGAGUUUAAGUUUCCUGUGAAGAUGUUGAGGACAUUGCUUCUUCUUGCUGGCUUCCUCUAUACAUGAAUCACCUUUGGACUUGUCAUCACUUGAACCUCCACAGAAUGACUACACUGUACCAACAAAGCAAGAAAAUCAAUAAAAACAAUUAUUUAAAUUAGCCUUGUCUUCACAAACAGGCAUAUACAAUUUUUGCAAGUAGUUAGUGUCAAUUAAGGAUUGUGUACAUCAACUUAACAUUUGGUUGUGUGUGUGUGUGUGUUAGUCAUUACAAAGUGUAGAUCUAUGUACAUGUAUGUCCAUUUUAAAAAAUUUGGUUAGCAUCAGAUCUAUUCCCACUGUAGUGCUUUUUUAGGAAAUACUUUUGUAUCAUGAUACAUCCAUUUAUUUAUGCUAUAACAAACUAUCAGUGUA